AGAACACAAUAGAAGAAACAAAACAAAUAAAAUCCAUGGACAUCACAAGAAACAACACCACCACCAGGCUCCAUAUUCAAUCUCAGUCUCUGUUUCCUCCUAAUAUGAUAAAAGAAACAAAGUCUUUUCUUGUCUUCACUACUUCUCUUUUUUUUUCUUGUUCUUCAAAUCUCUCUUUGUUUGUUUGUUUUCAGGAGAAAACUUUAGAUAUGGAGCCAAGAAUGAGCGCAAACCCAUUUGCAGAAGACUCACUUACAAGCAGAAUCAGUCUUAAGGAAAAAGCAGAGUACAUCAAAUCAGUGCCAGUUUCAUCAAACCAAAGCAGUAGCAGCAGUAGUGAGAUGAUAAAUGAAAGAAGACAUAGUUUUUCAUCACAAAAAAGCAUUGGAGAUGGAAGAAGCAGUGGGCAGAGAAGAGUGAUGCUAAUGGAGUCUCCUUGCACUCCAGGUAGAGGAGUCUUCAGUUUCAGCAGCAAUGUCUCUGGGAGAAGAAGAAACUUCCCUUCUAAAUGGGACGAUGCCGAGAAAUGGGUCACCUCCGGUCAUGAAUCUCCGGCACAUUCCCUCAAAGUUUUUUACUCGGAGAAGUCUAGGGUUACAUUAUCUCCACCAGAUCUUGUACUUAAAGAUAAGUUAGCAAACGAAGUGCAACCGUCUCUACCAUCAACGGAAGGGUUUAUAUUCAGAGAUUCCGACAAGUUUCUCCAGUUCGAGGAGGAAGAAGAAGCUCAAGUUCAACGCAGAGAUAUUGGAACAGAGAUGACACCAAUGGGAAGCGUAACGGCUUCAAGAUGUCACACGCCGUUUACAAGCAUGUCUCCGGCCAGACACAACACGCCUUCGAAAAUGUCUGGUCCGUUAACAGAAACUAAAAACGUUAUAGACAUCUCCGAGUUCGCAGACAAGCUACGACUCAGUGGGUCAGCAGCGACUCAGUAUUAUAACUCGGUCACUUAUUGGAACUCGAGGGAAGAGGAAGAAGAAGAGAUAUCGAAGAGCUUAAGACAUAUAGACAUGGAAAGUGAGUUACGGAGAAGUGUUUCAGAGUCUAGAGCUGCGUUAUGGGAUGGUGAAGAUGACAAGAUCAAGUUUUGUCAAAGAAAUCAAAGAGAAGAAGCCAAGAUCCAGGCAUGGGUGAAUCUCCAAAAUGCUAAAGCCGAAGCUCAGUCCAGGAAACUCGAGGUGAAAAUACAGAGGAUGAGAUCAAAUUUUGAAGAGAAACUUAUGAAGAGGAUGGACACGGUGCACCGGAGAGCUGAGGAUUGGAGAGCUACGGCGAGGCAGCAACAUGCUGAGCAGUUGCAGAGAGCAGCUGAAACGGCAAGGAAGUUAACAAACCGUCGUGGCUAUUUGGUUUCCGGCCGUAGCUCAUGUGGUUGUCUUCCUUGCAAUGAUACUUGUCACUAACUUAGUAAGAAAAG